UCCCGGGCCGGGCUGUGUGCUUUCCCACUCCGACCGGGCUCUGACCCUUUCGCCUGCUGCUGGCAGCCGGGCGCUGACCGUGUGGGUGAAGCUGGAGUGCGCUUUCUCGGACGCUGGGCUUCUGGCCGAACGAAGCCCGGGACCGGGGAGAGUUCGGGCAUGACCGGUUUUGGAAUGGAUGAUCUCUGAGGUUUUAGUGGACUUAAAAAAUUGACAGCAUUUAAAGAGUAUCAGCUAGAAAGGGGAGUUAAAGUUCCUCGUAAUUUUCGCUUGUUGGAAGAACUUGAAGAAGGACAAAAAGGAGUAGGCGAUGGUACGGUUAGCUGGGGCCUUGAAGAUGAUGAAGAUAUGACACUUACAAGGUGGACAGGCAUGAUUAUUGGGCCACCAAGGACAAAUUAUGAAAACAGAAUAUAUAGCCUGAAAGUAGAAUGUGGACCUAAAUACCCAGAAGCUCCUCCAUCAGUUAGAUUUGUAACCAAAAUUAAUAUGAAUGGAAUAAAUAAUUCCAGUGGAAUGGUGGAUGCACGGAGCAUACCAGUGUUAACAAAAUGGCAAAAUUCAUAUAGCAUUAAAGUUGUACUCCAAGAGCUAAGACGUCUAAUGAUGUCCAAAGAAAAUAUGAAGCUUCCACAGCCACCAGAAGGACAAACAUACAAUUAAUUUUUGGAUCUCAAACUUGUCUUAAAUCAACAAUCUUCUAUUCAUGUUAAUGUCUUGAUUAAAUAUCACAAUGCAAAAUACCCACACAUUAAGUAAAAGAAUUUCAGCUGGUAAACAUGACUUGGACAUUUGUAAGAAUAUAUUUAAUAUAUGUACACCUAUUAUGUUUUCAGGUAACAGGAGGAAAAAUGCAGCACAAUUUUUUUUAAGGCACUGUCAUUUAAACAUAAACCUGGCAUAUUCAAAAUAGAAUUAAGGCUUACAUGAUGAAAAUAUGGUGAGAAGUGUCAGAUAGCUGUGGAAGCAUGUGUGUUUCUAAAAAGUAAAAGUCUCAAGGAGGAGAAAGAAAUGGCAUGCUUUAUGUAUCUCUCUUAGGGAAAGACUUUUCAUUUUAAAUUGUCUAAAGUAGCAGGUACAAUGAAUAUUGUCACAAAUUGUUUUAAUUUUUGAAGCGGUGUGGGUGCUGACUACUAGUAGUAUCAAAAAUAUGUCCAGAAUUGUUUUGAUACCUGUAUUUAUAAUAAAAAAUGUCGUGGGGGAAGGUGAAUUUCUGUUAAAGAGCUGUUCCUGUGUGUUACAUGUAAUAGACAUGGUAAAUAUUUGUUUACAGUCUUUGACAAACCACGCAUUUAAGUUUAAGUGAAAUCAACAAAAAGGAAAUAGAUGUGUAUGGAUAUGUGAUUUUGAGAUUAAAGUUAGUCUUAAAAUGUAAAUAAAAUGUGGAUCGUGUCCUCAGAAUCUGUGCCAUUAUAUUGAUGUGGUAUAUGUACAGUACCUUGCUAAGGUAUCAAAAAUUGGAAUUAUUGUAGCUUUUCAUCCAUACACACCUUUUAUCAUUUGUCCUACUUUGUAUACUUCUUGUAAUUGGAAUUUGAAGAGUAUUUCAGAGAACAAAUUACCUGAUUAGUUCAAUUUCUUCUUUGGAGAAGGAAGUUUUCCAGGUAUUAUAGUUUGACUUUGAUUUCACCAGGAAUAUUAUAUUAAAAAGAUGUUGGAAUUCUAACAAUUUUUAUAGAAUUAUAAUUGUAAAUUAUCCAAAUAUACAUUCUAUUUUUUCUUCAUAGCAUCUUUUUUUCUUAAUUUUUCUGUGAUAUUUCUUCUACCACUGCUGUUAAUACUAACUGGGAUUAAUUUUAUCCAUUCCACUUAACUUCCAUUUUGGCAUAUAUGUAAUUCUGAACUGAUAGUUUAUGUUCUUCUUUUACCAAAGUGAUGUGAGGUGUUUGGUCACUGUUUUUCAUUUCAAACCACUGGAUAUACGAUUUUGCUGAAAAUACUCUUUUCUUAGGGAAUUCACUGAAAAAAAAAGAAAGAUGUUUAGGUGACAAGGACAAAUUUCUCAAACAUGCCCUGACAUGUUUUUAUCAAGUUCAUUCAUAUUUAAACCUUUGAGCUAUCUUUUCUUGGUCAGUGUUAAUUUGUCUAAACUUUUAAUUUCAACAUGGCUAUUCUGUUUUAAUUAUCAAAGAUGUUUAAAAUGCUUUAAAUUGACACAGAAUAUAUAGAUACAAAUUAGUGCAUGUGUAAGUUAAAAUAAGUUUGAAAUGAACUGUUACCUUGGAAUACAUUCUUAAAAUUUUUAAAUGGUUGAAGGACAUUAAAUUGAAUUCCACUGA